GUUCAUGUUAUCACCGACUACGUAUUGUAUAAAGAUUUGAAAUAUGUCUGUUAUUUUACGUGUGAAAGUAAUUAUUAUAACAACAUGUUAGUACAAAAAUUAACAAAAGAGAAUGUACGAGUGUCUGUAAGACGUCUUGAUGGAGACAAUGUAGACGUAGUGAGGGUUGCACAUCAGACGACUGUACCUGUUGGAGUCCUAGUCGAUGGACAUUGCAAUCAGACGCAAACAUUGAUGAACCAGGCUUCGUUCAACAAAUUAUUCGACGCAGUGCACUCCUGGCUCAUACUGACCGACUUUGAAGAUGACAACUGCACGGAAUAUGUCAUGCAGACAUUCCAGUGGCUCAACUUGAGUGUCAACGCAGAUGUCGCUGUCGUCGCAAAUAGGGGUGAUUCCUUCGCGAUCAUCGACGUUUACAACUUUGGCAGAAUACAAGGAAACCACUUGGAAACAGCUCUACUUGGAACUUGGCAACCGGAUCAAGGAUUAGAGAUUAUACUGAAAGGCUACAAGUAUUACAAUCGCUGGGAUUUUCAUAAUUUGACGCUGAGAGCAAUUUCUGUGAUAGUUGACCAGCCUAAGGUGUUCUACCCGGAGAUGUUAUCAGAGAUGACGUACACUGCAGGAGUGGCUGCCAUGACCAAGAUCACUACGCAGAUGCUCAACACUAUCAAAGAACGACACAAUUUCAGUAAUGUGUACCACCUGUCUGACCAGGCUGUCACCAACACUCUAUUCUGGGAGGAGCAAGACCUAUCCAGCACCUGUGCCAGAAUCUUCCCCAAGUGGCUCAAUUGGGUCGACAUUUACCACCCACCAACUACUAAUCUCCAGACCAAAUUCUACUACUUGAUACCGGAGACAGGUGUGGGCCAGUAUGAGAACAGGUUCCUUACUCCGUUGUCCUACGGAGUCUGGUGUUGUGCCUUCUUCGCCGGCAUCGCCUGCACGCUGGUCCUGGCAGCCGCGGCUCGCAUGGAGAACAGACCCAAGCCAGGACUGUAUGCCUUCUUCAGUGUAUUCGCUGCGGUUUGUCAACAAGGUUAUGAAGACGGAGUUCAGUUAUUGGAGCAAACAUUAUCUAGUCAAGGUCGUAGACUAACCCUGCUAGUGAUAGGACUGACGAGCAUGCUGCUGUACAACUACUACACCAGUAGUGUGGUGUCCUGGCUGCUGAACGCUGCUGCACCUUCCAUCGCCAACCUCGACGGCCUCAUUAACAGCGACUUUGAACUGGUGUUCGAAGAUAUUGGAUAUACUAGAGGGUGGCUUGAUAAUCCAGGUUUCUUCUACUACAGCGGCUUCAAGAAUGUUAAAGAAGAUGAGUUGAGAGACAAGAAAGUCACAAAAGCGAAGCGUACUGUUUCAGUGUUGCAGAAUGUGAACAAGGGCGUUGAACUGUUACGGACUGGCAAAUAUGCUUUCCACACUGAACCGUAUACUGCAAGUCAGGUGAUAUCCAAAACGUAUGAGGAUAAGGAGCUGUGCAACCUCGGAGCUCUGCAGAUGAUGUUACCAGCUCACGUGUACAUCAUGGCCCAGAAAAAGAGUCCUUAUAAAGAAUUCUUUGAUUGGAGUCUUCUUCGUCUGUUGGAGCGUGGGCAUGUGAAAGCGAUUCGUGCCCGGUUUGCGGGCACUAUGCCUGCCUGCUCGGGCGCCCAGCCGCGAGCACUGGCGCUGGGACAGGCGGCUCCAGCCUUUCUGAUGCUGGCAUCCUUCGCAGUGCUCUCCUGCUUCAUUUUGAGUCCAGCUGAAAAACCGCGGCCAGUGAACGACGCGCAAAAAGUGACGUCACCAAGCGAUCAGCCUGAGAUCGCAGCACAUCACACGACACUAUAGACGAAUGAAAAAAAAACAAUUGAGGGAAGACGUUUGACGGCCUGCUAAGGAGACGCACACUAGAACAUUGUACGCAGUAGUUUAACUGCACGGUCAUAUUUAGAUUACAAUAUUUUCUUGUAUCACUUGUAGCACUAUUCAGUAAAUAUUUAAAAUAAUACAGAGUUUGAUCUUACAUAGACAUCCUAGAAAAUAAAUCAGUUAUAAAAUCA